UUCAGGAAUUAUUAUCAUUAAUUAUUUUGUAAUGUUCUCAUUAAAACUUAUCAUGUAUAGUUUUUUAAUAUUUUACGUGAUUUUGUAUACAAAAUCAGAUCGGAUUUCAAUAGCAUCAAUAAAUAAAUUAGAUAAGUUACUGAAGUAUUCAGGAUGGCUAAAUAAAAAUGAUUUGUUCUUUGUAAAAUAUUUCAAUAGAACAUAUUGUCUUCGAAAUUUGAUAGAAACACCAACACCAAAGAAUAAAUACAAUCAAAAAAUUAGAGCUUUGACCGUUUUUCUUGGGUGCUCAUAUGCAAAAGUUAUGAAUAAUCUUUUUUUAGUUAUUAGCAACAUUAUACAAAUUUGUAAAAAAAAAAUUAUAACAGAAAAUGAGUAUUUAAAUGUAUGUUUUUGCACCGAAGAACUCGUAAACAUAAUAUCCUUAUUAAUUGUUCCACUGGCAAAAUUGAUGAAAGGCGCCAUGGAUAAUUUAGAUUAUAUGCAUUCCAACCCAUGGAUUCUUCAAUCAAAUUAUUACAUGAUGAGUCCUUUAUUAAGGGAUAUAGAAAAUAUUCUUGACAAUUUAAACGAACGCACUCUAACACGUGAUAAUUUAUCUACCUACUUGUGGACAUUAAAUACUAUAAAUGAUUUUUUUCAAAAAAUAAAAGUAAAUGUAGACUAUCAAAGUUUAGUUUUUUGUAGAUAUGUAUCUAAUGAUGAAAAUUAUUUAUGGAAUGAAUGGAAUCAAGAAUAUACAUCCAUGAUAAACAAUGGCAUACCAUUAGAAUAUUUCACCUUCUUAAUCAGAAAAAUUAAGGAUUAUAUCGAGACAAUAAUUAUAGAAAAGUAUUUUCAACUAGGAUUUAAAUUUGAUCCAAUUACUGAAGAAUCUUUUAUACCAACACUAUCCGAGACAAUUGAACUAGAAAUGGAAUUUAAAGCAAUUAGUAAUGAGCUUCCAAUGCCAGUCAACAUAGAAAAUCAUUAAAUUUGUAUAAUAAUUAUUCUUUUUUAAUUAAAUAUUUUAUGAUUUACCAAAAUUUGCAAAACAAUUUUUAUAGCAUUUGACGAAUACAA